AUGACCAAUGUUAUGCCAGGGGACAGUCCCUUCGUCACGUGGGACCAAUUCCAGUCCGCUAUGAGUGUGAUUAGAACUGUAAUAGGGGGAACCGUGAAAUCCGGCGCAACGACUCCCAUACUACCAGAAGAUGGCAGUACUAUGCCGGCCUUUCUGCUGCGCAUCGAGCGCCGGUACACCCAGAUGGGAUUGGAACCGCGCGAGUGGGGAAAUGCACUUAUAGACCACCUUGUGGGCCGGGCUCUAAUGUAUUGGAUGUAUCUACGGAGAACUAUCGACCUAAGCGACUGGGCGACAGUACAGCGCAGGCUUCUGGAGCGGUUUGACAGAACAAUGUCGCAGAGUCAAUUGUUAACGGAGUUGGCUAAA